UGGACCCGCAGAGCAUUUUCCAAAGGUAACGGGAUAUCCAGGGGCCUGACGAGGGGUUGGCGAACAUGACAGCCGAAUGUGGGGUCUGCUGGGAGUAGGGGUGUUGCAGGUGGAGUGUGUGAGUAGCGGGGGGGGGUGUGUGUGUGUGUGUAUUUGGGGAGGGGGGAGAAGAACAGGAGAAGGGAGCAGGGUCCAGUGUGUGUGCUUGCUAGAAGGGAAAUGUGGGGGGACUGGGGGAAUGACUGUGAAGAGAGGAGGUGAUCUAAUCUUUCAGACAUAGCAUUCAAAGAGGGGGAAAAUGCUCUUUAGGGGUAAGGGGGAAUGUGGGGGUCUCGAAGGUUCCUGGGCAACUUGUAAGAAGCAUGACUAAGAGGGCAGGGAAUGAUAAUGCAGGUUAGUGGCAAGUCCCACCCCUGCACUGGAGACCAGCAAAGGAUCAAAUAGAUCCUAAAAUGUUCUGGAGUCACUCUCUGGUAAUUUGGCAAGCCUCUGGAAAAGCUUGCAUGUUUUGACCAAAUGAGUAACUGGCUGUAUUACAUUUGAAUGGCACAGCCCAGAAGAGAGGAAAGCCUGUCCCUGGGGAGCGGGUGGCAUAAGGGAGAGACUAAAGUCUAUGUGAGGAUGGGAACUUCCCGGGGAGUGGGAGAACGGGGAGGUGGUGGGUGCGCACAAUUGGCGGAGAAUAAAUGGUGAGGCUUUGUCUGGGGGGAGGCGAACAAAAGCUGCUUAGUUUAGUGCCUGGGCUCCUAAUGUAGUGCUGGCCGACUGCAGUUCUGGUUUAUUUUUGAUGGGGAGGGAAUGCUGUCCAUCUCUCCUGAGGAUGGUGCGGCCAGCUCUGACUACAUGUGGUUUAAGACCAAGGAUGUGACCUGGGAUUAGGGGAGAAGGAGUCAGGCACAACCCCUGUGAGUGGUGGGAGCGUGGGAUAAUACUGAGGGGCUGCAGCAGCGGCAGGGGUGCGUGACUUGCAGGAUCCGGCUUGUUUGACUGAGAAUCGGGCAUGGUUGUUGUAAGCUUUCUCUCUAAAAUGGGGGACAAACAGGUUCAGGUUGUGGAGGGGAUGAAUAACCUUUCUGCUGCCGUUUUGAAUGGAAACAGACAGGGUGGCAUUUUGCAUUCUGGGGAGCAGAAGCCACUCCCUGCUUGAAUCAGACGGAAAAAUCUGCAGGGACUUUUGCCUUCAUCCCUGUCAUUAGCAGUUGGCACUCUGCAUCUUCUGCAAAGAGAGGAGCAUGUGCAUUUUGAGGAGGACUUUUGUGCACAGAGGUUGAAGAAGGACAGAGGUUCAGAACUGAAGGAGAUUGUGAUGAAAACCUUGAGAGCAUAGGGUUGAAAAAUCUCUGGUGUCUUCCAGGGAACAACGGUCCCUCUGUCAGGGAGAGUCCAUCUGUUCACACCUGCAAAUGAAGCUUUCUCUGAGAGCUGAUACCCAUCUCCUCUUUCCUGUGUGACCCUGGGAAGUUUGGCUGCAUAGGAACCCUAAAAUUGGCUAAUGGAGAAAUACCUAGAGGAUAAGGAUGUUGUAAAAUAGAGUUAUUACAGCUUAGGAAGUAACUGCCCAUCUGCUAGGAGGUUGUAACUGUGUAAUUUUAGCCUGCCCUGAUUGUAAAGUAAAACGCAGUGUAAAGCUCUUCUGUUGAGGAUUAUGCAGAUAUGUUUUACCUUGCAGUUCAGGACGGCUAAUGCUGCAUCCAGUCAUCGUGGCUCAGCUGAUGGACAGUAACUUGUUAAGCUGCAAUGACUUGUUUGUGUUUGAUCAGAUAUCUGUGCUCUAAUUACCCUUAUGAAGGAGAAGUGUUGCAAAAAGUCUCAUACAGCCUUAGGGAUAGAUUAUAAACCACUGUGAGCAAAGACUAUUAUUUGGCGUUUAAAGAAAAUGGGGGGGACACACGGCUUUUGUUAUCUGCCGCUGAAUGUCUGUGACCUUGGGAGAAGUCUCUUGACUGGUAUGCCACUUCGUGUUGUAAAAACACCUCUAACUACAUAUCUGCUGAAAACACACAAAAUAUCAUGCCUGAUUCUCCGUUACUGUAAGGAAUGUGUGCAUAUGGAUAAUUUGACCUGAGGUGCUUCCUAGCUGUGGGUCUUCAAUCUUCCCGUUGUAGUUGGUGUGUUUCUGCUCAGAUCCUUGCUUGAAAGUAACAAUUUCCGCGUGAGGCUGUUUCCACAAAUGCGGAAGAAAACACUGAUUGCAAAUGUGAUGUGUUGGCACCUGGGUGUGUGUACACAGGAGAGAGGUAUGAUCUGCCCCUGACGUCACCAUCUGGACUUGUAACUUUGGAUCUGUGUGUUGUCAGUGGAACAGGUCACCUCUCCUGGUUACCUUUAUGUCAAAUACCAUGGAGUGUUGUCUGCCUUCCCCAGUCUCUAUCCUUCCCCUUGCACAGCCUUGGCUGCCUGCAGCUCUUUACUCUGCUGGGGUCUCUUAAAUGAUUAACUCCUUUCCUUCAUACACUUUACGCUCUUUGUUUGUGCUUUGUGAGGACUUUCUGUACUGUACAAUUAAUUAUAAGCUAGUUUCCAGAAAUUAAAAAAUACCAAGUCAGCAGGACCUAGUGAAAACUUCAAGCAAUAGCGGUUCUCUCUGGCCCAUGGCAUACUCGCCCGGAAAGCUGUUUUGCCUGUGAAGGAGGAUGUUAGUUAUGUGGCUGUGAUGCUCCCUGGCACUUGAUAUUUUUAGAGACUUUUUUUAGCAAAGUAAAUUCAAAAUUAAACAGUGUACUUUCCUGCUCCUUGUAUGGCUGCAUCUUCCCAUCCUUUGGGAGGUACCUUCUGGAGCUGAUGUAGUAAACUGGUGAUGAAGCAGAUGCCUAGAAGAGUACAAAUGACUUGGAAAGGUUAGCGUUGGAAUGGCAGGGUGUUGAAACUGGUAACUCAUGAAGCAUUUAAAUAAGAACCAAAUCCUAUAAAUAAAAUGGAGAAUGCGUUUUGCAGCUUCCUUGAUGGCAAGAAAAGUGAGCCUUCUGUAGAAGGAAGACGGACCCAUCUACCCACCUUAGCACAGGAGGGUAUUAGCGAGGCUGGCUUCACAUCCACCAAAAAUGUGUAGGUCCGGCUCUGGCUUCAUUUGCAGCAGUGGUGGUUGGUGGAUGGAAGAAAUAUCAGGGAGGAGAGACUUGAAAGGACUGACUUUAUUUGGAGCUCUGUCCUUGGUUUAAUCAGGAAUAGCCAGUGCUAAUGAGGGAUGUACUGUCCGAAGCCCCAGGGCAGGGUGCUGCUGCCUGCAGCGGUACACACACACACACACUGCAGGGGCUGGGGGAGCGGGACCGGCUGUGUGUGCUGAGACCUGGGUGCUGACCCCAUACUGGUUGUGUUCCAGCAGCACUGAUCCCUGCAGCUCUGGAGGCUAUCUUGCUUUUGAGUAUUUCCAGGUUUACCAGGAUUCUUUUGGGUGAAAACUAAAAACUUGUUAAUGCCUGUUUAAGCUUCCUUUGUCUUUAUAACCAGAAUUGCUGGUAUAAACCUCAUUUGUAAUCGGUCUCUCCUCCUUAGCUCGCUGUCCUGUAAUUAAUACCCUGCUUAAAAUCAGCUUUCUUAACCUCAUUACCUUUCUCCUUUCCUCUGACGUAGGUAGUAGGGCUUUUUUCCCUAAAAUGUGCAGAUUUUGCCUUUUGUCUCUGGCUGCCAACUCUGUCUAGAGUUUAUUAGGAAAAUCUGCAUCAUGUUGGCAUAGCAACUGAGCUGCCAAGCAGCUAUAAUAGUGAUGCUUGGCAACUCGUGGGAAGGACUACGGAGGACCUUAAGGCUUGGUGGGGCAAACUUGAGGUGCAUUUAGUCAGUUACUCCCUGGAGCUGGGGGGGAGCUGCCUGCCUUGGUCAGGCAGCUGGAAGCAUUUGCUUUUGGUCAGUGGUGUGUAGCAUCAGGGUGCUGCUUGCAGUGAGACUCCACUCGGUGGGAAGGUUGGGGUGUGCUGUUGGCGUGCAUGUAGUGAGCUGCUGCAGCUGAUCUUUAAGAGGAUCUGGAGCCCCUGAGAAGAUCCUGUUUUCGUGCGGAGAGACGUCAGCAGGGAGUAGGUUAAGCCUGGUUAGGUAACAUGGCAGUAGUGCCAUGGUAGGCGACAUGACAGGGGGAGGGCGUAGGAAACUGUUGUAGGUCAUGAUUCUCAAGGGUACUGAAUUGCUGCAAGUCGUGAUCUAUUAAGCUUUUUAAAAUAAAAAGUAAAAUCCUUGAAAUAAAGCCGCAGAUUAAAUAUUCCAAAUUUGUGUGAUUGACAUGCAGCUCCACAAAUAUCGUAUUACAGACCUUGGCCUUUGAAUCUGAAGAACAAAAUACCACGGUAAAGACGUAAAGGCCCCUUGUGCAUUAGGAUCUGAGGAGGGCAACACGUAUUGGACUUUGCACUGGCCAGGCAGUCUGUUUAAACAGAGCAAAUGCAAGAAAAUGUUGCUGUGUCCGCAGCGGUGGGGAAAGCUGUUAGCUGGACUGGCUUAAACCAGUUUAGCAAACCUGCUGCGUUACUUCAAGCACAGCAGGAUUAUAGCGGUUUGGUUGUUGGCUAUGGGUUUUUGCAUCAUCCUUCUGUGAUAGUUUCUCUUUGACGAGUAUCAAGACUAUAACUCUAUUUUAAAAUUCAUGUUAGCAAUCAGUAAUUCUGUACUGAGCAGUAUUGUUACCUGCUGUGCUUCUUCGGUACUCUCGCUGUAGAGCUAGGUGUUAUCCCAUACAGCAAACUUCACUAAAUGCUCAGAAGCCUGUAAUUAUACCUGCAUUAAAUGACGCGUGUGCCACGCUCCCUCUUCAGCCUGCCAUGCUCCUGAUGAAAGCUCAGGAACUCUUACAAAGCGGUUAAAUUGUAAAUGGUAGAAACUGGAAGAUGUUGUUCUGCCCAGGCCACUUCUCAUUAUAGCACAUAUCCGACUGCAGUGGUUAAUUGUAGUUGGGAGAGGACGAAAAACUAGUUAAGUUGUAAUUGCUGCUUGGAGGCUUAGCUAGGAGGCUUUGAAGCAGCUGGGUCUGUUUUGAAGCCUGCUUUUCAUUUUGGUGGUUUUCUGCGUAUCCGGCACAAUGGCAAACCUUCUCCGCAGGUUUUGUUGCUGCUUAUAUUAAUGACUCCUGAGUGCUGAGAGGAGAUCUGGGUACGCAGGGCUUGCCUGCUCCUAGCUGGCACAAGUGUUUUUUGGGAGGAUUUCAACCGAAGCCAAUCAGCUCUGGCAUGGCAAAGUAACCUUCUAAAAGUGGAAUUUCGAGGCUUUUGUUUAAGCUGGAUAUCCCAAAAGUGUAUGAAAGCAGUAAGUGGGUGGCAUCUUGCUCUUACUGUGUUUUAGAGGAAGAAUUUUGGGAAGAGGAAGACAGUGAGAGUCCUCCUGUGUUGUAUGGUGGGAGAGGUUGUGAUCGAGACUGGUCCCUACUGUGCUGCGUGUGUAAAUCCCUGGAGUGGUGAGCACAGGAUCAGAAAGGACCGAUCGGAUGUAAGGAACAGCAAGUGAGCAUCUCGGAUGUUGGCCAAAGUCUCUUGGGUUAAAAGAGAUGCCUGGUAAGCGUUAACUUGCAGUGGGUGUGAUGUGAGGUCUCUGGGCUUAAUGGGAGCCUGGUGUUGAGCAAUGGGAGGCAGCUCACAUGCCUCCUCCGGAUCUUUUCUCCUGGUAGCUGGGUGGGACUGUACAGCUACGGCUUCCCUUUUAAGUAGAAGGGCAGGGCUUGUACAGCCAAUCACACCGGAGCCGGCUUUGCUCAUAGGCAUGUGUCAUGAGACUUGCUGGCAUUUCCUUUCCACUACACUGAAAUUAGCUCAGGGGAAUCAUUCAGUUUUACUUCCCUUCCCAGUCAGUCUGAGCAGGGCAGCUGAGUCUCCGGCUCAGAAAGAUGCUCUGCCUCUGUCUGUAUGUGCCAGUGUUCGGGGAGUCGCAGACGGAGUUUGAAUACUUUGAGUCGAAGGGGCUGCCGGCUGAACUCAAAUCGAUCUUCCGACUCAGCCUCUUCAUUCCUUCCCGGGAGUUCUCCACCUACCGCCAGUGGAAGCAGAAAAUUGUGAAGGCUGGAGACAAGGACCUGGAUGGGCAGCUGGAUUUUGAGGAAUUUGUUCAUUAUCUCCAAGAUCAUGAAAAGAAACUGAGGCUGGUCUUCAAGAGUUUGGAUAAGAAGAAUGAUGGCCGUAUUGAUGCCCAGGAGAUUGUACAGUCUCUUCGUGACCUGGGAGUCAAGAUCUCUGAACAGCAGGCUGAGAAAAUACUGAAGAGAAUAAGGACGGGACACUUCUGGGGUCCUGUCACCUACAUGGAUAAAAAUGGGACAAUGACAAUUGAUUGGAAUGAGUGGCGAGACUAUCACCUGCUGCACCCGGUGGAGAACAUUCCUGAAAUCAUCCUGUACUGGAAGCACUCUACGAUCUUUGAUGUAGGAGAGAAUUUGACUGUCCCUGAUGAGUUCACAGUGGAAGAGAGGCAGACAGGGAUGUGGUGGAGACAUCUGGUUGCAGGUGGAGGUGCAGGUGCCGUGUCCAGAACCUGUACAGCUCCCUUGGAUCGCUUGAAAGUGCUCAUGCAGGUUCAUGCCUCCCGCAGUAACAACAUGUGCAUCGUUGGCGGUUUUACUCAAAUGAUCCGAGAGGGUGGACCAAGGUCACUGUGGCGAGGGAAUGGCAUCAAUGUGUUGAAGAUUGCACCAGAAUCUGCCAUUAAGUUCAUGGCCUAUGAGCAGAUCAAGCGGUUCAUUGGUACUGACCAAGAAAUGCUGAGGAUUCACGAGCGGCUGUUAGCUGGUUCUUUGGCUGGGGCCAUUGCACAGAGCAGCAUCUACCCGAUGGAGGUUCUGAAAACACGGAUGGCUCUAAGGAAGACAGGACAAUAUUCAGGCAUGUUGGACUGUGCCAAAAACAUCCUUUCAAAGGAAGGAGUGGCUGCCUUCUACAAAGGCUACAUCCCCAACAUGCUAGGAAUCAUUCCAUAUGCUGGUAUUGACCUGGCAGUCUAUGAGACACUAAAAAAUGCCUGGUUGCAACGCUAUGCUGUCAACAGUGCUGACCCUGGAGUCUUUGUCCUGCUGGCUUGUGGCACCAUCUCCAGUACCUGUGGACAGCUUGCCAGUUACCCACUGGCUCUCGUGAGGACACGUAUGCAGGCCCAAGCUUCAGUGGAGGGUGCUCCUGAAGUGACGAUGAGAGGACUGUUUAAACACAUUCUGAAGACAGAGGGAGCGUUUGGUCUUUAUCGGGGUCUGGCGCCUAACUUUAUGAAGGUGAUCCCAGCUGUAAGCAUCAGCUACGUGGUUUAUGAAAACUUGAAGAUGACUCUGGGUGUGCAGUCACGGUGACCGGGAGAUCAGGAGGACCUUGAACUCUGAAAUCUUGGGGUGCGAUCCCAAGACGUAUUGCCAUCUCUCAUUCUGUGAAUGUGUUGACACUAAGCUGACUAAGCAAAGCUGUGAAAUCUCAGAUAGUUUGUGAGUCAGUAAGGGGAAGGGGAGGAUCUGGUGUCCUUUGCCAUCUUGCUACUCAGACCUCCGCAUAAACCAUCAUGUGGUCCUUUUUGUUGGGCCUUUCGGGAGACCAGGAGGCGAGCUCCUGGGAGAAUCUUAAGGCGCAAGUUGCUGAGGUCAGUUCCCAGCAGUAUGGCAGAGUAGCAAAGAUUUGGGUAACAGCUCUGCUUUCAGCGUGUUGCGUGUACAGAGCUGUUUGCCUGCAGAUGAGCACCUUCUGACUUGCUGAAAGAGCUUCUUUUUCCAUUCAGAGAGCUUUUUUCCAUUCAGUUGUUUAACUUCCUACCCAUUGUUUCAAUUUGUACAAACCUUGUGUAGGAGCUGCUGCCACACCAGGCUUGUUAUUAUGUUUACAUAUAUUCCUUUGGGUAGGAGACGUUCAUGUUCUGCUUCCAAGACUUGACAUGAAAUGUAACUUCGACCUAUACUGGUUUUGAGGGCUGGUGGGCAGUGGUUUGUCCAGUCAGGCUGAAGGUUACUUAGGCCAGCCUGAUGAAGAAUUAGGAUUAUUUAUUUUUUAUAGAUUUAAGUGUGUCUCAUAAACCCACUAACAAGAUGCACUUACUAACAGAAGCAGCAGACUAGAGCCUGCACGCCUGUAUCCUUUGCAUGCCGGGAUUGGCUUGUGUUAUACUCAGCAGGGGCUUGGAAAGGGGAAGGCAGGAGAGCCCUGGGUGGGCUGGCACCUUGAUGCAUGGCUUUAGUGAACAAAAGACACUAUUUCACAGCUCCUGUGCAGUUGUGCUCCCAGCACGACACGAGAGCCCCUGUGCAGCGUUGCAUGGACCUCUAAAUUCCAUUCUGCCUGGUGCCAAGGAUAGCUGGUGGACCUUUUCCAAACCCCGUGCCUACGCUGCUAUCUAUCUCUUUAGACCUCUUUGUAGAUUGAUGUUCAGGUUUGCAUUAGCAGGAUGGAGUCCCCAAGCCAGGAGUAUGUCUGCUGUGGGAAGGGGUGUUAGGGAGAGGGGCUGGUGUCACUGGGAGAGGUGAGCUUUCAGUCCUGAAGACGUGCUUGCUUUUCUUUCAAAGGGUGCUUUUCAUAAGGCUAAGGGAAAGAGAUGGCUUUAAAAUUUCUCUGACUGCAUUAUGGGCUACUUUAUUUGAUAGGAUCUGGCUUCUGAGGCCUGGGAGAUCCUCAUCCAACUUUUUCAUUUUGGGCAAAAUGGACCAGCGUUGCAUUCCACUGUUUUACUGCUUAAAGCAUAUUUAUUUUGUAUUUAUUUGAACAGAGUUAUGUCAGACUAUUUUUAUAGACUUGUUUAAAUAUUGUUACUGUGCUUGUAUUUCUCCUGUUUUAAAAAGUUCUCUAUUUGUUCUCUUACAUCACACAGCUGAGUCGUGGGGAGGGCCGCUAAGGUGGUUUGCGUACCUUCCCUGUGGGGCUUGAGCUGCCUUUCCCACGUCUGGGGUUGUUGCUGGAGGACCUCAGCCCAGAGAAAUUCUGUAGCAAGAAGCCAUAGGAAAGAAGGGAGGAGGGUGAGGAAGCAGUACCUGGGGAGGAGGGGAGAGGGUGCGCUGUGAGGCUCGCCUUAUUUUGGAAUUGCCUCUGUGCGCGGCUGAAAGAUGGCUGAAGUUGGGAAGUAGAAGGUCUGUGUAUGUUGGAUGUCACAAUGGCUAAUUGAGAGCGAUCUUGGGGAGUUUUUAGGUAAGGGGGGAGGGGAGAAAUCUCAGGGACUAAAGAAAAUACAAGUUUCCAGAGAGAUGGAAGGAAACUUGCACUUGGACACAGGCUGCUGCAGUUGUGCUAUGGAACUGGAUCCGCAGACCCUGCUGCUGAACCAGUGCUCUUCACAUGCAAAUGGGCACUGUGGAGAAGCGUGUGAGAAAUCAGAAGAGGAUUUGCUAGCACGCAGCAGCUGCUUCUUUUGCUGACAGGUUUUGGUGGUUCACAGAGCGCCUUCCAAGUAAGGCUCUGCCUUGACUAUCCAGUGCUGUCAGUAGUUAGCCACGUGGAAAUCUAACCAAUCUGGAUUAGUGAUAUGAUUUUUUUUCCACCCCCCCUUCCUGAGACCUGUCAUUAAAUUCUGCAGUGGCUCCUUCCUACCAGUGUGGCCUAACGGGAAUAUGAAUAUCAGAAUGCAAAAAUCAAUGCAAAAUGACAACCAUCUUUGUAGCUGUAACCACAAAUUGUUAUAAUGCAAAUCUAACUUGGAUUCUUCAUGUAGGGAACAGUCUGCUAAUAAAGGUCUGUCAAAGAGA